AUUUUUACUAGAGUAGUUUUUGUAUGUCCUUUUUAACUUCCACUUAUCUGCUUUUUCUCUCCUUAUAUAAAUUUUCAUUACUGAAACCAUCAACAAUCAAUUUACAUAUCUGCUAUCUAGUAUAGUCACUCAUGGCUAAAGCAAUUCUCACCCUUUUCUUCCUUCUGUUGUCCUACUUCUCAGCGGGGAUUGUGACGGUAGCGGAUGGACAGAAGACUUGGUGUGUGGCUAAACCUUCAUCAGAUGAGACAACACUUAAUCAAAACUUGAUUUAUGCAUGCUCUAAUGUGGAUUGCACUAUCUUGAAGGAGGGUUGUCCUUGCUUUACACCAACCAAUUUGAUGAAUCAUGCUUCUAUUGCCAUGAAUUUGUUCUACCAAUCUAAAGGAAGGAACCCUUGGAAUUGCCACUUUGGUAAUUCUGCCCUUGUUGUCUUGACAGAUCCAAGUUAUGGCAGCUGCAUCUAUGGGUGAAGUUAUCAAGUCAUGGUUAGGAGAAACAACUCAUGAGGAGAUUAUCAUAUUUUUUUCCUUUUUGCAAAAUAAAUAAAUUAUGUUUUCCUUAUUUC